AUGGUGGGCCUCCUGGUCAUGGUGGCUGCGACGGCUCUGGCCGACCAGGGACCGUGCCAGGGCGGCUUCUGGCCCGACGGCUCGGGCUGCUGUCCGCUGAUCAUCCGGGGCAGCCCCUACUACCGCGACUCCAACAACCAGUGCUACCCCCGGGAGAUCAACCACAGCAUCUACUACGCCGACUCCAACGGGUGCUAUCCCGAUGAACAUGGCAUCUACACUCCGGCCGGCAAGUCAUGCCCGGCCGAGCAGCGUUGCCACCCCAGCUGCGUGAAGCCCGGUGGCAUGCAGUCGACCACGACAAAGGAAUUCACCACGACACCCCGGGAGACCACUACCACUCCCCAAGAGACAAACCACGACGCCCAAGGAGACAACCACGACGCCCAAGGAGACCACCACGACGCCCAAGGAGACCACCACGACGCCCAAGGAGACCACCACGACGCCCAAGGAAACGACGACUACGCCCAAGGAGACCACCACGACUCCGCAGGAGACGACGACUACGCCCAAGGAGACCACCACGACGCGCAAGGAGACUACCACGACGCGCAAGGAGACCACCACUACCCCGCAGGAGACGACAACUACGCCCAAGGAGUCCACCACGACGCGCAAGGAAACUACGACGACCAAGAAGCAGGAGUGCCCCAACGGCAAGCUGAAGGACGGCAACGGGUGCUGCCCGCGCUACAUCGACGGCAGUUGGUACUAUCGGGACGGCCGCGGGUGCUACCCGAUCGCCACCGAGAAGGGCGUCUACUACGCCGGUGGGCAGUGCGAGGCCGAGUGCGACUAAGCCCCCCGCACACCCUCGCCUAUUGCCCUCCUUCUUUACCUUUUGUGUUUGUUGUUUUUUUAAUGCUUGUUUGA